UCUUAACGUUGGAUGCCACCCGCCAUAAAACACACGAAGAAGAAGAAGGGUGUCUGGUGACGUAACAAAUCGCCGGGUGGUCGCUUUACGGCAGAGCGUGUUGCUGGAGGUCAGGGACAAGAAGACGCAAAAAAAGACAAGACGGUCUCACUGAAUUUCAAGCCCAAAACGGACGCUCGUCUUGUAUUUUUGAGAGUUACGAACCUGCUAAGGUUAGCCGCUUCGGCUCGGUUAGCAACUUCUUUCCAGGCUCCUGUUUGACGUUUCGAGACUUUUACAGCCAUGGACAACAACUCACAGGGUUCGGGGGGAUUUAAAGCGGGUAUCGGGAGUCUUUUUGGCGGCGGUGCACCUGAAUACUCCAACACAGAGCUCGCGGGUGUCCCACUGACAGGAAUGAGUCCCCUCUCCCCUUACCUUAACGUCGACCCUCGUUACCUGGUUCAGGACACAGAUGAGUUCAUUUUACCCAUGGGGGCCAACAAAAUAAGGGGAAGGUUUGAACUGGCUUUCUUUGCCAUCGGAGGCUCAUGUCUAGUUGGAGCUGCACUCGGAGUUGUAAAUGGUCUUAGGAUGGGCCUGAUGGAGACCAGGGACAUGGCCUGGUCCAAACCACGUAAUGUACAAAUUCUUAACAUGGUGACCAGACAGGGGGCUUCAUGGGCCAACACUCUGGGUUCUGUUGCCUUGUUGUAUGGCGUUUUUGGGGUGGCGAUCGAGAAAGCCAGAGGAGCAGAAGAUGACCUCAACACAAUUGCUGCUGGCACAUUGGCAGGAUCGCUCUUUAAAUCCAGCGGUGGAUUAAAAAGUGCAGCCCGCGGAGGUAUAGCUGGUUUAGCAUUAGCUUCUGCCUACGCUCUCUACAACAACUGGAACCAUCUCACUGGCUCCUCCUCCUCCAAGCUGUACUGAACUUUCAUGCACAACGUUUUAAAACUUUGGAGCCAAAUAUCUCAAGAACACCGCUUUUAACCACCGCGCCGAGGCACUCUGGUCGAAAGCGGUGUUCUUUUCAGGGAAUGGCAAGUUGGUCCCAUUUCCUCCCACAGCCACCCGACCACAAGCAUUCUGGGAGUUUAGAGAUGUUUCAGAGAAGCAAACUUACUCCUGAAAUCCUUACUGUCCCAUAACAUCUCUUUUGUCUGAGGUGUUCCUGACCCAAUGCAUAAUACGAGCACUCGCUGAGGGUCCCGUUUAAUGGUGUGACGUGUUUUUUAUACGUUUCUGAAAGACUUGUCACUCUUCUGGUGUUUUGUUGCCAGGUGUGGAUCCUGAGCGUGGACUGAAUGACUCAUAACCUGUCAGCUCUGUAGUUAUUGAAAGGUAUAUCUUCAGUGGUGUUUCUUGUAGGGAUGCACGAUAUUAUUGGUAUUGGUAUUGGUAUCGGUAUC